UCGCUCUUCGUGACUCGCGCCCCGCGAGCCCGUGCUUCGAUUUGCCAAUCACCGAGUGCGCGUCAUUCAACUCACAGAGGACGCUUGUUUACAAACAAACGCAAACUCGGUGCUCUUGCAGGCAUCGCUAUCGUUUCACCUGUGGCCGACUAAAUCAUUUCUGCGAUGACAGACCAGGUUGAUGGCUUGGACGCAUUCCUGCCCUCGACGGUGUGCGGUUUCCGGCGGCGCGGCGUGGUGCACGUGGUGGACGCCGGGCUGAUGCUGCUGGUGUUCCUGGUGCAGGCGAGCGUGCUCAACUACUACAUCAUCUCGCACUACAGUCAAUCGACACUUGCCUACUGGUGGUUUGCCGCCGACUUCAUCUGCCUCUUUGUGUUCGCCGGCACCCUGACGGUGGCGUUCAGGUACUUCAGUCGCGCCGCCAACCGAACUCGGCGCAGCACUGACGAAUUCUCGCUCUCGCCGGCAAACUUCAUCAGCGGCUACUCACCUUCUGACUGGGGCGUGUUGCCGCUUGGUUACAUCUCCUGGAUCUUCUACGCGGCCAUCCUCAUCGGCAAGCUCUCCGUCAUCUUUAAGUCCGAGCUGCCCGAACAGCUCAGCCCCAACUCCCUGUUCGGACCCCAACUGCUGCAGGUGACGACUGCAUUGAGCGCGGUGGUGUUCCUGCUGCUAGCCGAGAGCCACAACUGGGCCAACCACCGUUCUGAUCGUUACCAAUUUGUGGUGUCGACUUGCGCCCACUCUGGCAUGGCCGUGCUGGACACAGUGUCCCUUCUGGCGGUGCUGAUGCCGAAGUCGACAGUGCGUGAAACGGAGCCGCCCGAGUUGCUGAUGGACCUGAUCCUGGGACUGUGUCUGGUCAAUUUGCUGCUGCCGGCGCUGGCCCUCUUCCGCCUUGGACUGUCCGAGCCAUCAGCCGAGGAGAAGCAGAAGCGGCUUGUGCUGCCAUUCAACGUCCUGAACGACGGAGUUCAUUUCCUGCUGGUCGACCUCCCUUUCCUCGUCAUCAGGUCGUACCUUUGGGCUGGCCACAAUCAGCACACGUCGCUCUUCAUGAUGAAGAACAUUCUCGGCAUCUUGAUAACGGCUCGCAGCCUGCUGCCUGACCUUUACGCGCUCUGCAAGCGUCACAAGGAGAAGGAACGGAAGGUAGACGAGCCUGUCCAGGGUGAAAACCUCCUGGAGCUCAAGAAAAUUGAAAAUGGCGACCACUGACGGUUUUUACUCAAAGAUAUUUGCUUCUUUGGUCUCAUAAUUUUAGGGGUACACCUAAAUGUGAAGUCUGCUCUCUAGAUUUUGAUAAUUCUGUAUUGCAAGCGUUCAGACCACUCAUCACGCGAAUCGUUUUUGACAUGCGCUCACAUGUCCGAAGAUUUGUACUUCGCACCCUCUAUGGCCUGCUUUUUUUAAGUUACCGCCGCUGAUCUGACAAUCUUUUUCUCAAUUGUAAGGGCGUUAAUAAUACUCAGAAGUCUGGUGUGUGCAUGGAGCUGGUGUCGAAUAGUCACAGCUGAAAACGUUCAAUUUGAUUUUGGCUGCUAAAUUUCAAUUAACAUUGAUCCUGAUCAAUCCAAUAAGAAGUUGACGCCGCAAGUAAGAUUUGCAUUUAAUUAAGCGUAAUAUGUGGGCCCCAGUUGCGGUCCAUUUUUAUUUCAUUUAUGUUUGACAAAGUUGCCUUCUUAGUUUGGCUGACCUGCCCAUGAUCUGUAUUAUUUAUGAACGACUAUUUGUAUUUAUUCACAUUAAACAAACAUUAUAUUUGCAAGAUU